AUGGCACAUCUAGUGGUGGGCCUACCCGCUGCUCUUCCCAACAAUCCCGGAGCACUCCAGCGUGCCGAUGUGAGCUACAGCUGCGACUGCAUUGAUCACUGGUUCCAGCACGGUCGCUUCUGGAUUCGAGCCUCCUCCGAUACCGGUUGCAUGUCUUUGGAGACCAUCCCCCAGACAAUAUAUGCUCUCAAUGCCAUUGCAAAGCCAGACUAUUUCUCGAACGACUAUCCGAACUUGAUCUGCAGCCUCGACCACCACAAAUGCGAAUGGACAUACAGUCCCCUCGACUCUCUCGCCAACACACCGUCGUCACCAGAUUCGACGACCAGUGGCAUUCACCUUGGAGAGAGAGACAUAUCAACGCUCGAGAAAGUCGACGGUCCGUUCCUACUGCCCCAUUUCGUCACUGUGCCGAGCAACCAGGCACCUCAGAAGAGAUAG